UGCUGAUAAUCUGACAUUAAUAGCUUGAAGGUACUGCAUUUAAUAAAAAGUUUCUCUUUAUUUUUUUAGUCUAUCUUUACCAAUAUUAUCGUUAACUUUGUCCAAUGUUGCCUUAAUAUUAUCCAUUCUUCUUUUGCCCAACACCUUACUGUAAAAUCUCUAGUGUGUUGCUCUUAUUAGGUCUUGAUAAAUUUGUAUUAUGACAUUAUUCACUAGCUUGAUGGUUCUCAAGUUGACUUUCUUUUUUGGAAGGAUCGAAAUCUUACUCUUGUAUCUGUUGGAAAUUGAGAUCUUUGUGCCACGUGAACUUAGAACCUUGCUAGAAGUUCACAGAGAUUGUUCAUAUGGGUAGUAAAGUUGUUUGAUCCUAAAAUUAACACUUACCACUAAGAAAAAUACUGUCUUUUGUUCCCUUCUUCUUUAAGAAGUUUAUAGCUCAUAUCUUUGUUGAUGAUGUGCCAAAUAUUUUUUACUCAUCAGACAGUUCUAAAUGAUUAGGUUCUCUCAUCUUGAAGAAAAUUGAAAACUUUGUGAAGUUGGCACCUGCACCCAACUUUUUUGACCUAGACAUUUUCCUUUUCUCUUUUGGAGGGGGUGACAAUGAAUGAUGCUUAGGUUGGAAGCUAAUUGUUCAACCUGCCUGACCCUCAAAUAUCAAUUUGCUGCCCACUUUAGUCUACUGCAGAAAAUUAAGUUAGAAGCAUUUAACAAAAAUAAGGGACAGAAGUACAUCAGAGGAGGUGAUAGGAAUGACACAGUUUGCUGAGCAACAAAUAAGUUACAGGUCUACAUCUUUGUCCAUGCCUUCUUUCUGUAUAAUAGGUGUAUCCAAAUCAUCCACCUGUGUCUCAUUGGUUACAAAUUCUUGGAGAUUUAUGUUUAAUAAGGAGGCAGGAUGUGUAGCUUACUUUUGGGAAUAUGCGUGUUAAAGCCUAUAUGUUGGUCAGGAAUCACCAUCUUCAACACACAAAAAGAAAAAGAGUUGCAAAACAAGUGUAAGGUCUUUUUCACAAGACUAAUUCUUCAAAAUUAUGUAAAUAAAAUGUCAUGCAUCGCAUGCUCUAGAAAUGGAGUCAUAUUAACAUCCUACUGCCUCACAAGUUAAAGACUGUUGGUGGAGGAUUGAGGGUCAUAGAAUGAACAACAAGCUUGCAGCCAUUGGCCUAGUAUUUGGUGGCAUUGGAGUGUUCUUGCUCAUUCAAAUCUGUAUGUCUUGGAGAGCAACCAGAAGAGGUUUCUUGGGUUUCAGCAGCUUGUCUACACCUGCUGAUGCAUCAGAGGGCUUAUCCCUACAAGUCCUGGAGAAGCUCCCUUGCUAUGCUUUUGAAGCAGUAGAAGAGAACAUCCAUUUCCCAGCUGACUGUCCUGUGUGCCUGGAGAACUUUGAGGUGGGUGAUUCCUGCAAGUUGCUUCCAUCAUGUAGUCAUAGUUUCCAUGCACAGUGUUUGGAUACCUGGCUGCUGCAGAGGCCAAGCUGCCCGGUAUGCCGGACCUCUGUGGAUGGCCAGAGAGGAAGGAAGGCCACCCAGGAUGGUGGAGCCAGAAUUGACAUGGGGCAGAAGGAUAUAUAUGUUGAUCAGCUUCAUCAGCUUGACAAAAAUCUCCCUACAGAGAGGUUAGAUUUCAUGCAUUUGUAGAGGUUUCUUUGCCUGCAAAAUUUAUGGUCUGGUUGCUGAAGAAGAUUGCUGUGGAUUUCAAAGAAAAGGAAAGAGAGAGAGAAAAUAGAUGCAAGAUUCUUUUCUUCCUGGAAGAAAUAUUAGUAAUGCUGCCAAUGUUCAAGUGGCUUAUGGAGGAUAAAGUGUCAAUGAAUUAUAAGGCUAUUUUAGCAGUAUUUUACUGUGAGGUGUUUAAUCCUUUGACAUAUUAUGAUUGAACAUGAUUAAUUAUUAAUCAGAUAACUGCAUUUAGA